UCGAGAUGGAACAUCCCACUGUCAUCAUUGGCACACUCCUGCUAGUUUUGAUGUCAAGCACAUGUCACGUUAAUGCUCAGAUUGACUACAUCAGCCCUUACUUUACCUUCUGCCCGACUGAGAUCACAACCUAUGCUGAGAAUGGUGGGACAACAGCAACUGUAGACUGGACGUUACCGACGGUCACAGACGACUCCGGUGUCCCCCCUCAGGUAACAUCGACCUACGACCCGAAUUCAGUCUUCAGCGUGGGCAACACCUUUGUAACAUACACAGCAAGUGAUGAGUCAGGCAACGUGGCUUCUUGUUUCUUCGUCGUCAGCGUUAUCGAGUGUUCAUUAACGAUCUCCAGCUGCUCAAAUGGAGGAACAUUAGAUCCUGACUUCUGUGAAUGUGUCUGUCCAGAGGAUUACACUGGAGAAACCUGCGAGGCACUUAAUCCUUGCUUGGAAACCCCAAGCUUAUGCACGACUGAGAUUGGGAAGUAUUGCGUUCCAGAUGAUAGCGUAGUUGGUUAUGCUUGCCAGUGUAGAGACUAUGAUGGCUUUAUUGCAAACAGUGAUGGUUCAUGCACAGAAACGCCGACCUUAAAGAUUGGUGGGGUAACAAUAAACUUGCCAUUCACCUCUGGACUGACAAACCAACAGAGCAGUGCAUUUAAAGAGAUGGCUUCCAAGUUUAUUACCGAGAUGACCCGUCUAUUCGGUAGCAAAGAAGCAACAAGAUCCUUUUUGUCCUUGAGCGUCCUCAGCUUCUCAGAGGGUAGUGUAGUCGCUGAAAUGUCAGCAUCAUUCCCCAGUGGUUCAACUCUACCAAGAAUAACAGAUAUCAUGGAUGCAUUGGCAGAGGGUACAAUUUCAGAUGGUUCAACCGACUACCCCAUUGACUCAUCAGCUCUUGUAGUUGAAGGCACUGGUGGCGCUGACACCACCAUACCCGUCAUCAGUGGCUGUCCCUCUGGGGCCUCAGGUGUACUGUCAACACAAGGAGCUAUUGUAUCAUGGGUUGAGCCCACUGCAACGGAUAACGAUGGACAAGUAGUAGAUGUCUCCAGAUCUCAUGCUCCAUCUACUACCUUCAGCGCUGGAAGCACAACUGUUACCUACGUGUUCACUGACACGGCUGGAAAUGAGGCCAUCUGCUCCUUUGAUGUUGAUGUGACACCAGACUACAUCAGCCCUUUCUUUACCUUCUGCCCGACUGAAAUCACAACCUACGCUGAGAACGGUGGGACGACUGCAACUGUAGACUGGACGUUACCGACGGUCACAGACAACUCUGGGGUCACCCCUGAGGUCACCUCGACCUAUGAACCGAAUUCAGUCUUCAACGUGGGCAACACCUUUGUAACAUAUACUGCUAGUGAUGAGUCAGGCAACGGGGCUUCUUGUUUCUUCGUCGUCAGCGUAAUCGAGUGUUCAUUAACGAUCUCCAGCUGCUCAAAUGGAGGAACAUUAGAUCCUGACUUCUGUGAAUGUGUCUGUCCAGAGGAUUACACUGGAGAAACCUGCGAGGCACCUAAUCCUUGCUUGGAAACCCCAAGCUUAUGCACGACGGAGAUUGGGAAGUAUUGCGUUCCAGAUGAUAGCGUAGCUGGUUACGCUUGCCAGUGUAGGGACUAUGAUGGCUUUAUUGCAAACAGUGAUGGUUCAUGCACAGAAACGCCGACCUUAAAGAUUGGUGGGGUAACAAUAAACUUGCCAUUCACCUCUGGACUGACAAACCAACAGAGCAGUGCAUUUAAAGAGAUGGCUUCCAAGUUUAUUACAGAGAUGACCCGUCUAUUCGGUAGCAAAGAAGCAACAAGAUCCUUUUUGUCCUUGAGCGUCCUCAGCUUCUCAGAGGGCAGUGUAGUCGCUGAAAUGUCAGCAUCAUUCCCCAGUGGUUCAACUCUACCAAGAAUAACAGAUAUCAUGGAUGCAUUGGCAGAGGGUACAAUUUCAGAUGGUUCAACCGACUACCCCAUUGACUCAUCAGCUCUUGUAGUUGAAGGCACUGGUGGCGCUGACACCACCAUACCCGUCAUCAGUGGCUGUCCCUCUGGGGCCUCAGGUGUACUGUCAACACAAGGAGCUAUUGUAUCAUGGGUUGAGCCCACUGCAACGGAUAACGAUGGACAAGUAGUAGAUGUCUCCAGAUCUCAUGCUCCAUCUACUGCCUUCAGCGUUGGAAGCACAACUGUUACCUACGUGUUCACUGACACGGCUGGAAAUGAGGCCAUCUGCUCCUUUGAUGUUGAUGUGACACCAGACUACAUCAGCCCUUUCUUUACCUUCUGCCCGACUGAAAUCACAACCUACGCUGAGAACGGUGGGACGACUGCAACUGUAGACUGGACGUUACCGACGGUCACAGACAACUCUGGGGUCACCCCUGAGGUCACCUCGACCUAUGAACCGAAUUCAGUCUUCAACGUGGGCAACACCUUUGUAACAUAUACUGCUAGUGAUGAGUCAGGCAACGGGGCUUCUUGUGUCUUCGUCGUCAGCGUAAUCGAGUGUUCAUUAACGAUCUCCAGCUGCUCAAAUGGAGGAACAUUAGAUCCUGACUUCUGUGAAUGUGUCUGUCCAGAGGAUUACACUGGAGAAACCUGCGAGGCACCUAAUCCUUGCUUGGAAACCCCAAGCUUAUGCACGACGGAGAUUGGGAAGUAUUGCGUUCCAGAUGAUAGCGUAGCUGGUUACGCUUGCCAGUGUAGGGACUAUGAUGGCUUUAUUGCAAACAGUGAUGGUUCAUGCACAGAAACGCCGACCUUAAAGAUUGGUGGGGUAACAAUAAACUUGCCAUUCACCUCUGGACUGACAAACCAACAGAGCAGUGCAUUUAAAGAGAUGGCUUCCAAGUUUAUUACAGAGAUGACCCGUCUAUUCGGUAGCAAAGAAGCAACAAGAUCCUUUUUGUCCUUGAGCGUCCUCAGCUUCUCAGAGGGUAGUGUAGUCGCUGAAAUGUCAGCAUCAUUCCCCAGUGGUUCAACUCUACCAAGAAUAACAGAUAUCAUGGAUGCAUUGGCAGAGGGUACAAUUUCAGAUGGUUCCACCGACUACCCCAUUGACUCAUCAGCUCUUGUAGUUGAAGGCACUGGUGGCGCUGACACCACCAUACCCGUCAUCAGUGGCUGUCCCUCUGGGGCCUCAGGUGUACUGUCAACACAAGGAGCUAUUGUAUCAUGGGUUGAGCCCACUGCAACGGAUAACGAUGGACAAGUAGUAGAUGUCUCCAGAUCUCAUGCUCCAUCUACUGCCUUCAGCGUUGGAAGCACAACUGUUACCUACGUGUUCACUGACACGGCUGGAAACGAGGCCAUCUGCUCCUUUGAUGUUGAUGUGACACCAGACUACAUCAGCCCUUUCUUUACCUUCUGCCCGACUGAAAUCACAACCUACGCUGAGAACGGUGGGACGACUGCAACUGUAGACUGGACGUUACCGACGGUCACAGACAACUCUGGGGUCACCCCUGAGGUCACCUCGACCUAUGAACCGAAUUCAGUCUUCAACGUGGGCAACACCUUUGUAACAUAUACUGCUAGUGAUGAGUCAGGCAACGGGGCUUCUUGUUUCUUCGUCGUCAGCGUAAUCGAGUGUUCAUUAACGAUCUCCAGCUGCUCAAAUGGAGGAACAUUAGAUCCUGACUUCUGUGAAUGUGUCUGUCCAGAGGAUUACACUGGAGAAACCUGCGAGGCACUUAAUCCUUGCUUGGAAACCCCAAGCUUAUGCACAACUGAGAUUGGGAAGUAUUGCGUUCCAGAUGAUAGCGUAGUUGGUUAUGCUUGCCAGUGUAGAGACUAUGAUGGCUUUAUUGCAAACAGUGAUGGUUCAUGCACAGAAACGCCGACCUUAAAGAUUGGUGGGGUAACAAUAAACUUGCCAUUCACCUCUGGACUGACAAACCAACAGAGCAGUGCAUUUAAAGAGAUGGCUUCCAAGUUUAUUACAGAGAUGACCCGUCUAUUCGGUAGCAAAGAAGCAACAAGAUCCUUUUUGUCCUUGAGCGUCCUCAGCUUCUCAGAGGGCAGUGUAGUCGCUGAAAUGUCAGCAUCAUUCCCCAGUGGUUCAACUCUACCAAGAAUAACAGAUAUCAUGGAUGCAUUGGCAGAGGGUACAAUUUCAGAUGGUUCAACCGACUACCCCAUUGACUCAUCAGCUCUUGUAGUUGAAGGCACUGGUGGCGCUGACACCACCAUACCCGUCAUCAGUGGCUGUCCCUCUGGGGCCUCAGGUGUACUGUCAACACAAGGAGCUAUUGUAUCAUGGGUUGAGCCCACUGCAACGGAUAACGAUGGACAAGUAGUAGAUGUCUCCAGAUCUCAUGCUCCAUCUACUGCCUUCAGCGCUGGAAGCACAACUGUCACCUACGUGUUCACUGACACAGCUGGAAACGAGGCCAUCUGCUCCUUUGAUGUUGAUGUGACACCAGACUACAUCAGCCCUUUCUUUACCUUCUGCCCGACUGAAAUCACAACCUACGCUGAGAACGGUGGGACGACUGCAACUGUAGACUGGACGUUACCGACGGUCACAGACAACUCUGGGGUCACCCCUGAGGUCACCUCGACCUAUGAACCGAAUUCAGUCUUCAACGUGGGCAACACCUUUGUAACAUAUACUGCUAGUGAUGAGUCAGGCAACGGGGCUUCUUGUUUCUUCGUCGUCAGCGUAAUCGAGUGUUCAUUAACAAUCUCCAGCUGCUCAAAUGGAGGAACAUUGGAUCCUGACUUCUGUGAAUGUGUCUGUCCAGAGGAUUACACUGGAGAAACCUGCGAGGCACUUAAUCCUUGCUUGGAAACCCCAAGCUUAUGCACGACUGAGAUUGGGAAGUAUUGCGUUCCAGAUGAUAGCGUAGUUGGUUAUGCUUGCCAGUGUAGAGACUAUGAUGGCUUUAUUGCAAACAGUGAUGGUUCAUGCACAGAAACGCCGACCUUAAAGAUUGGUGGGGUAACAAUAAACUUGCCAUUCACCUCUGGACUGACAAACCAACAGAGCAGUGCAUUUAAAGAGAUGGCUUCCAAGUUUAUUACAGAGAUGACCCGUCUAUUCGGUAGCAAAGAAGCAACAAGAUCGUUUUUGUCCUUGAGCGUCCUCAGCUUCUCAGAGGGUAGUAUGUACGACGCUCAUUAG